CAAUUUUUUUUUCUUGUAGGUCCGAGGCUACCCAGAGCCCCAGGUAACAUGGCACAGAAACGGACAAACCAUCACCAAUGGGGGCCGCUUCCUGCUGGACUGUGGAGUGCGAGGGACUUUCAGCCUUAUGAUUCACACUGUCCGUGAGGAGGACAACGGGAAAUAUACCUGUGAAGCUAGCAACAGCAGUGGUGCCCGCCAGGUGACAGUGGAGCUGACCGUAGAAGGGAAUUUUAUGAAGAAGCAUGGACAGCCUGUUCUCCCCAAAACCUCAGGAUUUUCAGUGGAGACUCGUCCUAGCAUGUGGGGCGAGUGCCCACCAAAGUUUGCCACCAAGCUGGGCAGAGCUGUGGUCAAAGAAGGGCAGACGGGGCGAUUCUCCUGCAAGAUUACUGGCCGCCCUCCGCCACAGGUCACCUGGCUCAAGGGAAAUGUCCCACUGCAGCCAAGUGCUCGUGUGUCGAUGUCAGAGAAGAAUGGUACGCAGAUCCUGGAAAUCCAUGAGGUCACUCAGGAUGACAUGGGUGUGUACACGUGCAUGGUGGUGAAUGGGUCAGGGAAAGCCUCCAUGUCAGCGGAGCUCUCUAUCCCAGGUUUGGACAAUGCCACUAGGUCAUUUGGGAGAGGAUCCAAGGUCCCCAGUCCAGACAUCAGGAAGGAGGUGACCAAUGGAAUCUCCAAAGACCCAGAGACUGUGGCUCAAAGUAAGAACUGCUCGAGCCCCGAGAGGACCGGCUCCUCAGCCUGGGCCACAAGCAGCCACCUGAAGUCCCUGCAGGAGCCCACGGUGAAGAUGUGUGAGGAUUCUCUCAGAAAGAUGGUGCAGUCCUCCGCCCUGCAGAAGACCUCCAGCACCAUCACCCUGCAGGCUGUGAAGGCCCAGCCAGAAGCGAGAGCGCAGGGCUUAGGGGCCUUCUCUCCUUCACGAGAAGAGAGGAAGAGUCUGGCCGCCCUUCAGCAAGCCACACUCCCUACCAGACAAUGUGGUCUGGAAGGCUCGACUGGGAACAAGUCUGUUAGCAGGAACAUCCCCACAGAGAGCCAAAGGAAGUCCAUGAUGCCCAAAUUUGAGAAUCAGCCCCAAAGCCAAGAAGUCACUGAAGAGCAACCAGUCAAGUUCAUUUGUGAGGUUUCAGGGAUACCAAAGCCAGAAGUGGCCUGGUUCCUGGAAGGCAUCCCUGUGAAGCGACAAGAAGGCAUCACUGAGAUUUAUGAAGAUGGUGCAGCCCAUUACCUGUGCCUGCCGAGAGCCCGGAGGAGGGACAGUGGGAGGUACAGCUGCACAGCAUCCAAUAGCCUGGGCCAAGUGUCCUGCAGUUGGACCCUCCUGGUGGACCGGCGGAACAAGGCACAGAUGGCCCCUUCAUUCUCUAGUGUCCUGAAGGACAGUGUUGUCAUUGAGGGCCAGGAUUUUGUGCUGCGAUCCUCUGUACAGGGGACCCCAGUACCCCGGGUCACUUGGCUGUUUAAUGGGCAGCCCAUCCAGUUUGCUCACUCCGUCUAUGAGGCUGGCGUGGCUGAGCUCCACAUCCAGGAUGCCCUGCCAGAGGACCGUGGCACCUAUACCUGCCUGGCUGAGAAUGCCUUGGGGCAGGUAUCCUGCAGCGCCAGGGUCACCGUCCAAGAAAAGAAAAAUGAAGGAGAGAGGGAACACCUUCUAUCCCCAGCUCCCAGCAAGCUGGUUGCGCCCAUCUUCCUGCAAGGCCUCUCUGAUCUCAAAGUCAUGGAUGGAAGCCAGGUCACUAUGACAGUCCAGGUGUCAGGGAACCCACCUCCCGAAGUCAUAUGGCUUCACAACGGAAAUGAGAUCCAGGAGUCAGAGGACUUCCACUUCGAGCAGAAAGAUGGCCGGCACAGCCUGUGUAUCCAAGAGGUGUUCCCGGAGGACACAGGCACAUAUACCUGUGAGGCCUGGAACAGUGCUGGGGAGGUCCGCACCCAGGCCAUACUCACCGUGCAAGAGCCUCAUGAUGGCACCCAGCCCUGGUUCAUCAGCAAGCCUCGUUCGGUCACAGCCUCCCUGGGCCAGAGCGUCCUUAUCUCCUGCGCCAUAGCUGGGGACCCCUUUCCCACGGUGCGCUGGCUCCGAGACGGCAAAGCCCUCUCCGAGGAUACUGGCCACUUUGAGCUGCUUCAGAAUGAAGACGUGUUCACCCUGAUUCUAAAGAACGUACAGCCCUGGCAGGCCGGCCAGUAUGAGAUCCAGCUCAAGAACCGGGUUGGCGAGUGCAGCUGCCAGGUAUCACUGAUGCUGCAGCACAGUCCUACAAGAGCCCCACCACGGGGGCGGGAGCCUGCCGGCCGUGAGGGCCUCUGUGGUGGAGGAGUUGGUGCUCUUGGUGAUGGUGACCCUGAUGGCACCCUGAGGCCUGGCAGGCCAGCAAGAGGGCACGGUUGGCCAGAGGAGGGAGACAGGGAAGACGACGUGAGGGGGCUGUUGAAGAGACGGGUGGAGACCAGGCUGCACACAGAAGAGGCCAUCCGCCAGCAGGAGGUGGGGCAGCUGGACUUUCGUGACCUUCUUGGAAAGAAGGUGAGUACCAAGGCGGUAUCAGAAGAAGACUUGAAGGAGAUCCCAGCUGAGCAGAUGGAUUUCCGCGCCAACCUUCAGCGGCAAGUGAAGCCAAAGACUGUAUCCGAGGAAGAGAGGAAGGUUCAUAGUCCCCAGCAGGUUGACUUCCGCUCUGUCCUAGCCAAGAAGGGGACCCCUAAGACCCCCAUUCCUGAGAAGGCACCACCUCCGAAAGCUGCCACCCCAGACUUUCGCUCAGUGCUAGGUGGCAAGAAAAAGUCACCCGCUGAGAAUGGCAGCAACAACGCCGAGGUCUUGAACGUCAAGGCUGGGGAAAGCCCCACACCUAUAGGCAAUACACAGCCGGUUGGGGCCCCGAAACCCACAGGCAAUGCCAAACCUGCUGCUGAGAGCCCCAAACCCAUAGCCAACGCGCAGCCCGCGGGGUCCCCGAAAACCAUAGGCAAUGCACAGCCUGCCAAGACCCAGAAGCCGGUGGCCAAUGCCAGGCCUGCUGAGACCCUGAAGGCAGCUGGGAGAGAAGAACUCAAGGAGGUUAAGAACGAUCUGAACUGUAAGAAAGGGCAUGUCGGAGCCAUAGGCAACGAGAAAAGACCCGAGAGCCAAGGCUCAGCCCCAGUCUUCAAGGAAAAGCUACAAGACAUCCAUGUGGCUGAGGGGGAGAAGCUGCUACUCCAGUGCCAGGUGACCUCUGAUCCCCCCGCCACUGUCACCUGGACGCUGAAUGGAAAGACACUCAAGACCACAAAAUUCAUCAUCCUCUCCCAGGAAGGAUCCCUCUUCUCCCUCUCCAUCGAGAAGGCGCUGCCUGAGGACAGGGGCUUGUACAAGUGUGUUGCCAAGAACAGCGCCGGCCAGGCCGAGUGUUCCUGCCAAGUCACUGUGGACGAUGCUCGGACAAGUGAGAACACCAAGGCCCCGGAGAUGAAAUCCCGGAGACCCAAGAGCUCUCUUCCCCCUGUGCUAGGAACAGAGAGUGAUGCAACUGUAAAAAAGAAACCUGCCCCCAAGACACCUACGAAAGCGGCCAUGCCCCCUCAGAUCAUCCAGUUCCCUGAGGACCAGAAGGUCCGCGCAGGAGAGCCUGUGGAGCUGUUUGGGAAAGUGGCUGGUACCCAGCCCAUCACUUGCACAUGGAUGAAGUUCCGAAAGCAGAUCCAGGAGAGCGAGCACAUCAAGGUGGAGACCAGCGAGAGUGGCAGCAAGCUCACCAUCCUGGCAGCGCGCCAGGAGCACUGUGGCUGCUACACACUGGUGGUGGAGAACAAGCUGGGCAGCAGGCAGGCCCAAGUCAACCUCACGGUCGUGGAUAAGCCAGACCCCCCCGCUGGUACACCUUGUGCUUCGGACAUCCGGAGUUCCUCGCUGACCCUGUCCUGGUACGGGUCUUCGUAUGAUGGAGGCAGUGCCGUACAGUCCUACAAUGUUGAGAUCUGGGACACAGAGGACAAGAUGUGGAAAGAGCUAGCCACGUGCCGCAGCACCUCUUUUAAUGUCCAGGACCUGCUGCCUGACCGCGAGUAUAAAUUCCGGGUGCGGGCGGUCAACGUCUAUGGUACCAGCGAGCCAAGCCAGGAGUCGGAGCUCACAGCUGUGGGAGAAAAGCCUGAGGAGCCAAAGGACGAAGUGGAAGUGUCAGAUGAUGAUGAAAAGGAACCUGAGGUCGAUUACCGGACAGUGACGGUCAACACUGAGCAGAAAGUAUCUGAUGUGUAUGACAUUGAAGAGCGACUCGGAUCUGGGAAGUUUGGACAAGUCUUCCGCCUUGUGGAAAAGAAAACUGGAAAAAUUUGGGCAGGCAAAUUCUUCAAGGCCUAUUCUGCCAAGGAGAAGGAGAACAUCCGGCAGGAGAUUGGCAUCAUGAACUGCCUUCACCACCCCAAGCUGGUCCAGUGUGUGGAUGCCUUCGAGGACAAGGCCAACAUAGUCAUGGUUCUGGAGAUCGUGUCAGGGGGUGAGCUGUUUGAGCGCAUCAUUGAUGAGGACUUCGAGUUGACGGAGCGAGAGUGCAUCAAGUACAUGAGGCAGAUCUCAGAAGGGGUGGAGUACAUCCACAAGCAGGGCAUUGUGCAUCUGGACCUCAAGCCCGAGAACAUCAUGUGCGUCAACAAGACAGGCACCAAGAUCAAGCUCAUUGACUUCGGUCUGGCACGAAGACUAGAGAAUGCUGGGUCUCUGAAGGUCCUCUUUGGGACCCCAGAGUUUGUGGCUCCUGAAGUGAUCAACUAUGAGCCCAUUGGCUACGCCACAGACAUGUGGAGCAUCGGGGUCAUCUGCUACAUUCUGGUCAGCGGACUCUCCCCCUUCAUGGGUGACAAUGAUAAUGAGACUUUAGCCAACGUCACCUCAGCCACCUGGGAUUUUGAUGAUGAGGCAUUCGAUGAGAUCUCCGAUGAUGCAAAGGAUUUCAUCAGUAACUUGCUGAAGAAAGACAUGAAAAACCGUCUGGACUGCACCCAGUGCCUUCAGCACCCAUGGCUGAUGAAGGACACCAAGAACAUGGAGGCCAAGAAGCUGUCCAAGGACCGGAUGAAGAAGUACAUGGCAAGAAGGAAGUGGCAGAAAACGGGCAAUGCUGUGAGAGCCAUUGGAAGACUGUCCUCUAUGGCAAUGAUAUCAGGGCUCAGUGGCAGGAAGUCCUCGACAGGGUCACCGACCAGCCCCAUCAACGCAGAGAGACUAGAGUCUGAAGAAGAUGUCUCCCAGGCUUUCCUUGAGGCUGUUGCUGAGGAGAAAGCCCAUGUAAAGCCAUAUUUCUCUAAGACCAUUCGUGACCUGGAAGUGGUGGAGGGGAGCGCUGCUAGAUUUGACUGCAAGAUUGAAGGGUACCCGGACCCUGAAGUUGUCUGGUUCAAGGAUGAUCAGUCAAUCCGGGAGUCCCGCCACUUCCAGAUAGACUACGACGAGGACGGGAACUGCUCCCUGAUCAUCAGCGAUGUCUGUGGGGAUGACGAUGCCAAGUACACCUGCAAGGCUGUCAACAGCCUCGGAGAAGCCACCUGCACCGCAGAGCUCAUCGUUGAGACCAUGGAGGAAGGGGAAGGGGAAGGGGGGGAGGAGGAGGAGGAAGAAGAGUGAAACAAAGCCCAACAGGAGCAGUUCCUAUGUCAUUUUUAAAGGACUAACUCCUUAGAGCUCAAAAAACUCAAGCUAGAAAAGGCACUUAGUGUGGUAGAUUCUCUAGUUAGGUCAUUUGGAGGUUGAAUCGUCAGCAACAGCGGUUGAUACCUAGCAGUGUUAUUGAUGGGCAUUAAUUUGAAUUAGACAGCACCUUAAAGCCCUAGUGCAGCUAGAUUCCAUUUGGGGGAAAUCACCAGCAACUUGCCUGACCAAUGUAUUUUAUAGGGAAAAUAGCUAAAAGAAAUAUUUACCUGGAAAAAUUCCCAACUGAAUGCACCCUAAAAAAAAUAAAGCUGCCAUCAGGGCCCCUGAGCCUCUUGCUGCAGUUCAGCCCAGAUUCCCUGGAGAUAGAAUGUCUCCCCUCCCCAGCCCAGCCCACCCCACCCCACCCCUCC